UUUAUAUUUUAUGUAUUUUUUCUGUAAAUAUAACAACUAUUUUUUUUAUUUAUAUCACGAGACAAACGAACACCGGCCAAUUCGUAAUGAAUGUAACUGGAACGAUAAACACAUUCCGGGCAGAAAUUCUAUUUUAGUUUCCAUUGACAUGCGUGGUCUUAAUUUAGCCAGUCCGUGAUUAUAAAGGAUUGCUGCGACAGUAAUAUAUCGUUAGGUGAAAUGGCGUACCAGAAAACCAGCUCACAGUGAUAUUGGAAUUGUAUUGCGAGUAAAAAUGUCUGACAGAGACUCGCCAGAAGAAAUGCGUUUGGUGAAUAGUAAAAGCCCAGUAUCGUCAUAUACUAUCAAUGGUGAAGAUGACGACAGUGAGGUUGAAGUAGAUCUGUCAGAGAUAAUGGCAGAGAGACAAAAACGUCGCGAGAACAGGAAGACCCCGAGACAAAAUGCUAAAACGAAGAAGGCCGAAAAACUGAAGGAUCUGUACGAAGAUGAACUUAAUCUUGCAAAUGCAUACGAAUCAACGCUUUCUGAAGCUGGGUUCGGACGUUACCAGAUUCAGGUAUUUUUCGUGGUAGGGUUAGGGAUAAUGGCGGACGGUGUAGAAGUGUUUCUAAUGGGAUACGUCUUGUCAAGUGCUGACCGGGAACUGUGUUUAAAUGAUUGGAAAAAGGGAUGGUUGAGUGGUAUGGUAUUUGUGGGUAUGAUGAUUGGCGCAUUAUUAUGGGGAAAUAUUUCCGACAGAAUUGGUAGAAGAACUACCUUGAUAAUUUGUCUUACUAUGAAUGCUAUUUUUGGCCUUUGUUCAGCAUUUGUAAAAACGUUUGUGCAAUUCCUAAUAUGCCGACUCGGUGCUGGAAUCGGUAUUGGUGGAUCAAUCCCUGUGACAUUUUCAUACUAUGGUGAAUUCGUACCGAAAGAAACCCGUGGAGGACACGUAAGCUGGUUGCAGAUGUUCUAUGUGAUCGGCGGUUUAUUUGCAUCAGGCAUGGGAUUGGCAAUUCUUCCAACAAAUGUAUUAACAUUUAUAACUAUCUCUACAAUGACAACAGAAUCAUACUAUGAAGAUCGGUUCAGCACAUGGCGAAUAUUCAUACUGGUAUGCGCAAUUCCAUGCAUUCUUACGGUGAUACUACUGCUAGGUUUUAUGUCCGAAAGUCCCAGGUUCCUUGUCAGGGUCACUGACAUAUACAAGUAUACGAAUAAGGUUACUGCGGGCGAAUCAGCUAUGAAUUCAAAAGUAGUGUUGACGUCGUGUGGGAAGUGUUGUGAGAUAUUUGACUCGUUAAUUGGUAUAUUUCAACAACCGCUCGUGGUCAUUACGUUUGUACUAUUGGUGUGCUGGUUUGCUACGUCAUAUGGUGUCUAUGGAUUGACGCUAUGGUUUCCAGAAUAUAUUAAGCGGCUUCAGAUAGACGAGUAUUUUAGAAACACGGAAACCUUUGAUGAUAGUACAUUUGCCAGCACAGCGUUCACCGACGAUAUCACAAACAGAGAGUUCAACAACGUUACGUUUCAAGAUGUGAAAUUCGAGAAUUUACAUAUGGAAAAUGUAAAUUUCCACGGAAGUGAAUUCAUCAAAGUUUUGUUUCAGGAUGUGACGUCAGCGGGAACGUAUUUUUACAACUGCGACUUUUAUAGUACCACAUUCAACAACACAAAUUUCUAUGACAACAGAUUUAUAAAAGCGACAAUGAACCAAACUGUGUUUAUAAACACAAGAGGUGGUUGCGAGCUGGAUUUUAGUCUAUCGUACAACGCGUCAAGGGUGUACCUGGAGAUAUUGAUUGCAACGUUAGGAGGAAUCCCCGGGGUUGUUAUUUCAGCGCUACUUAUGGAUAAAAUGGGCCCGAAGAUAAUUUACAUGUCGUCUGCGUGCUGCUCUGCUGUUAGUGUAUUCUUCAUUUGGUUGAUCAAUACUGAGAUUUCGGCUGCUGUUAUGCUAGCUAUCGUACAGUGUUUUGGUCAAGCACAGUGGAACGCACUCGAUGUCUUCUCAAUUACUUUAUAUCCAACCGACAAACGAACUACGGCAUUUGGGUUUCUCAGCUCUAUAGCCAGGAUAGGUGGAGUUCUUGGUAAUGUCACAUUCGGUCGUUAUAUUGGUGUCAACAAAGCUAUUCCAAUCUUACUUGCAGCUGUUAUUUUUUUUCUGAGUAGUGGAAUCUCCCUCAUAUUACCGAAUAAUAAAGGAGUGGUGCUCAUGUAA